UGCUCCUGUCUCACUUACAGCAUUUUGGUGGUGAGUUUGGUGAACCAGUCACAGCCCAGCACCGUCAUUUGUCACACAGUUUGACAAUUCAUUGCCAUACCACACCACAGCGCUCCCUCCUAGUGGAGCUUUUCAUCUUUGCUUCCAAGGACAGGCAAUGAUCGUUGUAAAAUCGGCGCUCCUGAUUGUCUGUUUGGUGGCUACAGCAUGCAUUGGGUUCGUCUCAUGCUUUCAGCCAUACACAUCCGCAAUCCCUCCGCCUUGUACUUCCUCUGUCAGCUCAUCUUCGGUCCGGCUAGAAGCCGCCGCGAGGUCAUCGGAUGCGCCACCGCUACGACGCAACCCUCCCCGUAAGAUUUGUCUCAUGGUGGAACCUACUCCGUUCACUCAUGUUUCUGGAUACGCGAAUCGUUUCAAAGAAAUGCUCAAAUUCAUGGCCAAAGCCGGCGACGAAGUUGACAUUCUGACCGUCGACACCAAGACUCCCGCACACGAACUGCCCACCGCAUGCAGUGGAUUCUCCAUCAAGCACACACAGGGCUUUACCUUUCCCCUUUACAAUCAGAUUUCCCUCACCUUUGAUUUGCCAGAAAUGAAAGGCGCCCAAAUGCUGGAAAAAUUCAAACCCGACCUCAUUCACGUCACAUCUCCCGGCUUCAUGCUGUUCGCGUCUAUUUUCUAUGCGCGUGUCUUAUGUAUUCCUCUAGUUAUGAGCUAUCACACACACUUGCCGAGUUACGGCAAAAAUUAUCUUUCCUUCGUACCUGGUAUUGAGAACUUUUGUUGGGAAUUACUGCGCUGGGCACACGCCCGAGCGGAUUUGACCCUGGUCACAAGUCCGCAAAUGCAGGAAGAACUGACUCGCAACGGGAUUCCUCGAGUGGACGUCUGGCGGAAAGGCAUCGAUACGGAUCGAUUUGAUCCCAAAUUUCGGUCCACUUCCAUGCGGGAGAAAAUGACUAGGGGCAAUGCUGACGACUUUUUGAUGGUCUAUGUGGGACGGCUAGGAGCCGAAAAGCGUCUGAAAGACAUCAAGCCCAUGCUGGAACGAAUGCCCAACGCGAGAUUAUGCAUAGUUGGUAAGGGACCACAAGAAGAGGAACUUCAUGACUAUUUCAAGGGUACCAACACGGUGUUUACUGGUCAAUUGGAUGGCGAUGAGCUAUCGUCCGCCUUUGCGUCGGCUGAUGUGUUUGUCAUGCCUAGUGAUUCCGAAACCUUGGGUUUUGUCGUUUUGGAGAGUAUGGCGUCCGGUGUUCCCGUAGUUGGGGCCGCCGCAGGCGGCAUUCCCGAUAUUAUUGAUGACGGUAAGACGGGAUUUUUAGUUCCACCCGGAGAUAUUGCUGGCUUCGUAUCGCGCCUCGAGAGUCUAAGGAAUGCGAAAUUCCGCACUCAAAUGGCCAAGGCAGCCCGGAAAGAAACUGAACGGUGGGGGUGGGAGGCCGCUACCUCGUACUUGCGAAACGUUCAAUACGAAAAGGCUCUUAUCAACUUUCAUUCCCGAGCGUUUGGGGGAUUCGGGCGUCCACGAUCCGGUACUAUGUGGAGAUUGCUUGGCUGGCGGAUGCGCCGGGUGAUACACAAGGUUGCCAAGCCUAAGGCCGUCUUUUCGUCCAUUUGGAGAAAGCUAUCGUUCGGACGCCAAGAAAAUAGCAACAGUGGCAAGCCAGCGGCGGCAUGA